UUCUCGCCAUCAGUGAGCAAGUUCACGGGGAAGCGUUCGCAUACGACAAGGAUGGGUUUGUCGCCACAGCGUACAAGCUGACAACAGACCAGAUGGGCACACAGCUCGACGCGCCAGCGCACUUCAACCCAUACUUUGCUGCAUCUGACGAAAUCCCGGCGACAUUUGCGCUGCGCAAGCUAGUGGUCAUCGACGUUUCGCCAAAAGCGGCGAAGAACAGCUCGUACGCGCUAAACAUUGACGAUAUUGUGCAGUGGGAGUCUGUGCAUGGACGCGUCCCCGUGCGCUCAGUCGUGUUUGUGCGCUCGGAUUGGUCAAAAGCGUGGCCACAUGUCGAUACUGACGUGUUCCCGCAGGUGUCGCUUGAGGCUGUGCAGUUCUUGCACCUCAAGCGCAACAUUUUGUUCCACGGUCACGAGCCUCUGGACACCGACAUGACACCCAACUUUGCAGCAGAAAGCUGGCUGCUUGCGCAUGGAUACGCUCAGGCGGAGGGAGUCAAGAACCUGCACUUGGUUCCGGCCACUGGAUGUCUGCUGAGCACAGGGUUCCCAAAUUUAUUGGGGGUGCAGGCAAUUAUGUCCGCUAUGUGGCCAUCUGCCCCCCAGAGUGGCCCAGCGGCGUGGCUCCCAAUACAACACCCGAGGCACCGCUACCACAGUACUCUGCCCCAUUAAUUUGGAACGAGCAAAGGGGUUAUCGCUCGCGCGUCUGAGAAUGAUAUUGCGUAUCUUGCAAUUCCACCACAGUCGCAAAUAAUAGACCUCGUUGAUUGUUUUUGGGCUUGCGAUAUCUAGCUUAUAUUUACUUAUUUGACAAAUAUUGACAAUUUAU